UUCUGUUGUAUGUAGAGCGUUUGCAUUGGGAUAACAAAAAAGAAAAAAAGUAGCUCAUAAUCCAUUGCUGAUUUUCUUUAACAAGUAAGUCAAUGAAAUAACAGCAAUGUGUUAAAGACACUAGCAGUUUGGCCUUUGGAAAGAGAGAUCUCUUUGCAUUCCAAUUAUUUUUUUAAAUUUUUAUAUUUCAAAACUAAUGCAGAAGAUUCCUGUAGACAACACAUGAGACUCUUUCAAUUAUCCCAACACAAAGACAUUGCUUCAUUGAAGCUUAGGGAUACUUUCUUUCGAAUAAGUAGCUGUAAUCAUCUCUAUUGUAUUGAACACCGAAUAAAAAAAAAAAAAGGCCGUGACUUUUCGCGGCUACAUUCAAUGUCCGCUCCUUUGGACUGAAGGUACCCAUCCACUCCAGAAACCUUAGAAUACUCCUUCUUAAUCGAUAAUAUGGCUGUCGGCAAGAACAAGCGUCUUUCAAAAGGAAAGAAGGGUUUGAAGAAGAAGGUCGUUGACCCCUUCACCCGUAAGGACUGGUACGAUAUCAAGGCUCCCUCUAUGUUUGACGUCCGUCAAGUUGGUAAGACUCUCGUCAACCGUACUCAAGGUCUCCGUAACGCCAACGACUCCCUCCAAGGUCGUGUCGUUGAAAUGUCUCUUGGUGAUCUCUCCAAGGACGAAUCUCGCUCUUUCCGUAAGAUCCAAUUGAAGGUUGACGAAAUCCAAGGUAAGAACUGUCUCACCAACUUCUACCGCAUGGACAUGACCACCGACAAGCUCCGUUCUAUGGUCAAGAAGUGGCAAUCUUUGGUUGAAGCUUUCGUUGAUGUCAAGACCACUGACGGUUACCUCGUCCGUCUCUUUGCCAUCUCUUUCACUGCUCGUCGUCGUAACCAAAUCAAGAAGACCACCUAUGCUACUUCUGCUCAAAUUCGUCAAAUCCGUAAGAAGAUGUUCGAGAUCAUGACUGAAGAAGCCUCUGCUUGUGACUUGAAGGAAUUGGUUGCUAAGGUCACCUCCUCUGCUUCUCAAUCCGCUCAAGAUGCCAUUGCUGUCCGCAUCGAAAAGGCCUGUCAAGGUAUCUACCCUCUUCAAAACACUUACACUCGUAAGGUCAAGAUCCUCAAGGCUCCCAAGUUCGAUGUCUCUGCUCUCUUGGCUCUUCACGGUGGUGCCGCUGCUGCUGGUGAUGACACUGGUGCCAAGGCCUCCAAGGAAUUUGUUGAACCCACUCCUCAAGCUUCUGUCUAAAUAAUAAAUUUCUGUCAUAAACUAGAUUUCUUGUCGUAAAAAAAAAAAGCCA